AUGGUCUUAAAAUGGUGGAUGAGCCCAUGGAAGAAGGGGAGCCGUAUCCCUAUCACGAUGAAGGAAGCGUUAAAGAAAUCCCGAUUACCCACCACGUGAAAGAAGGCUGUGAAAAGGCAGAUCCUGCCCAGUUUGAGCUGCUCAAGGUUCUUGGCCAGGGAUCUUUCGGAAAGGUUUUUCUUGUACGGAAGAUCAUCGGGCCAGAUGCCGGACAGCUCUACGCAAUGAAAGUGUUAAAGAAAGCUUCUUUAAAAGUUCGAGAUAGAGUUCGUACGAAGAUGGAAAGAGAUAUACUCGUAGAAGUGAAUCACCCAUUUAUUGUCAAAUUGCACUACGCCUUUCAGACAGAAGGGAAGCUCUAUUUAAUAUUGGAUUUUCUCAGGGGAGGAGAUGUUUUCACCCGAUUGUCCAAAGAGGUUAUGUUUACAGAGGAAGAUGUGAAAUUCUACCUCGCAGAACUGGCCCUUGCUUUGGAUCAUCUGCACAGCCUGGGGAUUGUGUACAGGGACCUGAAGCCAGAAAACAUUUUGCUUGAUGAAGCAGGACAUAUCAAGUUAACAGACUUUGGCCUCAGCAAAGAAUCCGUAGACCAAGAAAAGAAGGCCUACUCAUUUUGUGGCACCGUGGAAUACAUGGCCCCCGAAGUGGUGAACAGGCGGGGGCACACCCAGAGUGCCGAUUGGUGGUCAUUUGGGGUGCUCAUGUUUGAAAUGCUAACCGGUACCCUGCCGUUCCAAGGGAAAGAUAGAAAUGAAACGAUGAAUAUGAUAUUGAAAGCAAAACUUGGAAUGCCUCAGUUUCUUAGUCCCGAAGCACAAAGUCUUCUAAGGAUGCUAUUCAAGAGGAACCCUUCAAAUAGAUUAGGAGCGGGUUCGGACGGAGUGGAGGAAAUUAAACGGCACCUUUUUUUUUCUACUGUCGACUGGAAUAAACUGUACAGAAGAGAGAUCCAACCCCCAUUCAAGCCAGCAUCUGGGAAACCAGAAGAUACUUUUUGUUUUGAUCCUGAGUUCACUGCAAAAACCCCCAAAGAUUCUCCCGGAGUUCCCCCCAGCGCUAACGCACAUCAGCUCUUCAAAGGAUUUAGCUUCGUUGCCACGACCGCCAUAGAAGAUCAUAAAACAUCUCCCCUCACAAACAUACUGCCCAUCGUACAGCAACUCCACGGCAGCGGCGCCCAGUUUAAUGACGUGUACGAAUUAAAGGAGGACAUUGGCGUUGGCUCCUAUUCAGUGUGCAAGCGAUGCGUGCACGGAGCCACCGGCAUGGAAUUGGCCGUGAAGAUAAUUGAUAAAAGUAAAAGAGAUCCGUCAGAAGAAAUUGAAAUCUUGAUGCGUUACGGCCAGCACCCCAACAUCAUCACGUUAAAGGAUGUGUACGACGACGGCAGGUACAUUUACCUCGUUACGGAGCUGAUGAAAGGAGGGGAGCUGCUGGAUCGAAUCCUCAGGCAGAAAUAUUUCUCCGAGCGGGAGGCUAGUGCCGUGCUGUACACCAUCACGAAAACAGUAGACUACCUUCACUGUCAAGGAGUAGUGCAUCGAGACCUGAAACCUAGUAACAUUUUAUACAUGGAUGACUCCAACAACGCGGACUCCAUCAGGAUAUGCGAUUUCGGCUUUGCGAAACAGCUCCGGGGAGACAACGGACUGCUCCUGACUCCUUGCUACACCGCCAACUUUGUGGCCCCCGAGGUUCUCAUGAGGCAGGGGUACGAUGCUGCGUGUGACAUCUGGAGCCUGGGGGUUCUCUUGUACACAAUGCUGGCUGGCUAUACUCCUUUUGCUAAUGGCCCCAAUGACACUCCCGAAGAAAUCCUCUUACGGAUAGGUAGUGGGAAGUUCUCUUUAAGCGGUGGCAACUGGGACACAGUUUCAGAUGCAGCAAAGGACCUGCUGUCCCACAUGCUCCACGUGGACCCUCAGCAGCGAUUCACCGCCGAGCAAGUCCUGAAACACUCGUGGAUCGCCUGCAGGGACCAGCUGCCUCACUAUCAGCUCAACAGGCAAGACGCGCCCCAUCUAGUCAAGGGCGCCAUGGCGGCCACCUACUCGGCCCUGAAUCACAAGACGUUCCAGCCGGUCUUGGAGCCCGUGGCCGCUUCCAGUUUAGCUCAGCGGCGGAGCAUGAAGAAGCUGACGUCCACGGACUUGUAGGCGAGCGCUCCGGCAGGGCCGCGACAGAACUCGGGACGGCCGCCGGCCCCGCCUGCGACCGACGGAGCUUCCCGCUGCACUACUUGAAGACUCUGUACA